AUGGCUUCGGACCCCAGCCGUCACUGUAGCUUUCUGCUGCUCACCUGCUGCCUUGCUACCGCCCAUGCCGAGCUACUGGGCCUGGAAUGGCUGUGGGGCCCUAAUAUUGUGAACCCCUCUAAGGGGCUGGCCUCCCAGAGCCGAAACAACACACCAGUACAGUCUUUAGCAGACCCCACGACAAAUGUGAUGCUCCAGGAUGCCCCUACGAAACAGACGACUACCCCUACUGCCCCUGAGCCACCCCUGGAGAGAUUGGAGGCUGCCCAGGACGGGGCCACCACUGCCCCUGCUGCCCUUGGCUCCAUCCCAGACAAGAGGGAGGAGAACAUUGCUGGUGUGGGAGCCAAGAUCCUGAACGUGGCGGAGGGCAUCCGGAGCUUCGUCCAGCUGUGGGAUGACACAACUUCUACCAAGAGUCCAACAGGGGCGAGUACUUUGGCUCCCGUGGCACCCACGGACCCCCUCACCCCUUCUGAGUCCUCAGACAUCCCUGCAGGAAGUGGGACUGCACCCUGGGCAAGCAACACAGCCCCCAAAUCACAGGACACCCUGAGGACCCAUCCCAGCACCUUGCUGGCACCCACCCAGAUGUUUCCCUCCCUGGGCAGGCCCCGGGCUCUGCUCAGGGAGCCCUUGAUGCCUCCACCAUCUCCAGAGAAUGUCGGCACAGAGGAGGUGGGACUCCUGCAGCUCCUUGGGGAGCCCCCACCCCCACAGGUCACCCAGAUCGAGGACCCCAACUUCGGCCCAGCCUACGUCUUUGGCCCGGACGCCAACAGUGGCCAGGUGGCCCGCUACCAUGUACCCAGCCCCUUCUUCCGGGACUUCUCUCUGCUUUUUCACGUGAAGCCAACCACAGAGAGUGCAGGUGUACUGUUUGCUAUCACAGAUGCAGCCCAGGCAGAGAUCCGUGUGGGUGUGAAGCUCUCAAAUGUGCAGGAUGGGCACGUGCAGAUCCAGCUCCUGUACACAGAGCCGGGUACAGGGCACACCCGCACAGCAGCCAGCUUCCCCCUGCCUUCUUUUACCCACCGGUGGAUCCGAUUUGCCCUCAGUGUGGACGGUGACACUGUGGUGCUUUACGUGGACUGUGAGGAGAUUCAGAGGCUGCCCUUCCAGCGGUCCCCGGGAGGCCUGGAGCUGGAGCCUGGCGCUGGCAUCUUUGUGGGUCAGGCUGGAGGAGCUGACCCUGACAAAUUCCAGGGGUUAAUUGCAGAGCUGAAGGUGCGUGGAGACGCCCAGGUGAGCCCUCUGUACUGCCUGGAAGAGGACGGCGAUGACUCAGAUGGGGCUUCUGGAGACUUCGGAAGUGGGCUCGAGGACAACCAGGAGCAUCCUACAGAAGAAAUGGCCUCUCCCCUGAAGCCCAAACUGCCAGAGGCUCCCCCAGUCACUUCUCCACCCUUGGCUGGAGGUAGCAACACAGAAGAUUCCAGAACUGAAGAAAUUGAAGAAGAAACAACAAUGGCUACAUUAGGAGGUAAAACUGUAUUCUCAGUGUGGUGUGUCGUGUAUGUCACUCAGACUCUCCCUGUUGUGGAGCACGAGAGAUCAGGCAGCACCUCCCCUGCAGACUCCAAUGUGGCUGCCACACUGGAAGGCAUGAAAGAGGGAGGCCUGAAGCCCAGUUCUACAGGCCUGAAGGGGCAGAAGGGGGAGCCUGGUGCCCAGGGCCUGCCUGGCCCCGCAGGUCCCCAGGGUCCUGCAGGCCCUGCUGUCCAGAGUCCUGAUGGCCCCGCUGCACAGCCUUUCCCUGGACCACAGGGACCCCCUGGGCCACCAGGGAAAGAUGGCACCCCAGGAAAGGAUGGCGAGCCGGGAGAUCCUGGUGAAGAUGGAAAACAGGGUGACCCUGGGCCUCAGGGCUUCCCGGGAACCCCAGGAGAGAUAGGCCUCAAGGGCGAAAAGGGGGAUGCUGGAAUCGGCCCACGUGGACCCCCUGGGCCCCAGGGGCCUCCAGGGCCUCCAGGACCAGCCUUCAGACACGACAAGUUGACCUUCAUCGACAUGGAAGGGUCUGGCUUUGGUGGUGACCUGGAGACCCUCAGGGGCCCAAGAGGCUUCCCCGGCCCCCCUGGACCUCCUGGUGUCCCAGGCCUGCCUGGUGAGCCAGGCCGCUUUGGGGUGAAUAGCUCAGAUGUCCCCGGACCUGCAGGCCUCCCUGGUGUACCUGGGCGAGAGGGCCCUCCUGGACGUCCUGGCCCUCAGGGACACCCAGGCCCUCCAGGAAAAGAGGGACAGCAAGGAGAAAAUGGCCAGAAAGGAAGCUCCGGUGAAGUGGGUGCCCCAGGACCUAAGGGAGGCCAGGGAGACCCUGGCCCCGUUGGUGCUCCUGGGAAGAAUGGCCUGGUAGGAGCCCCUGGACCAGCUGGACCUCAAGGGCCCCCAGGACCCCCUGGACCUCCUGGGCCACCUGGGCCAGGACUCGCAGCAGGAUUUGAUGACAUGGAAGGUUCUGGAGGGCCUUUCUGGUCAACAACUGGAAGCUCUGGACCACAGGUACCAACCGGUCUGCCAGGAUUCAAGGGUGAUCCCGGAAUGGCUGGGCCCCCUGGGACCAAGGGAGAAGUUGGAGAGGAUGGUGCUCCCGGCUUCCCUGGCCUUCCUGGCAAAGAGGGUGAACAGGGACCAAAAGGAGAUAAAGGGAGCCAAGGAGCAAAGGGUGACCCAGGAAAGGACGGUGUCGGGCAGCCCGGGCUUCCAGGGCCCCCUGGACCUCCAGGGCCUGUUGUCUACGUGUCAGAGGAUCAGGAUGUGAUCUCGAGCAUGUCGGGAAAUGAGGGCAGGCUGGGACAUGCUGGCUUUCCCGGACCAGCUGGUCCAAAAGGCGACCUGGGCUCCAGAGGUGAGCCUGGCUACCCAGGACAGAAGGGUGAAAAGGGCGAGCCUGGCACCAUCUUCGGUCACGACGGCACCAUCCUGACCUCUUCCCAGAAAGGAGCCAAGGGUGAGCCGGGCUUCCGAGGACCCCCGGGCCCUUACGGACGGCCCGGGUACAAGGGCGAAAUCGGCUUUCCUGGACGACCGGGUCGUCCAGGGAUGAAUGGACUGAAGGGGGAGAAAGGGGAGCCAGGGAAUGACGGUGCUGCGUUCAACAUGAGGUGUCCUCCCGGCCCCCCAGGGCCUCCGGGGCUCCCAGGCCCUCCUGGGAUGCCUGUCUACGACAACAAUGCAUUUGCAAACUCUGGCCGUCCUGGGCCUCCAGGAUUGCCAGGGUACCAGGGACCUUCUGGACCAAAGGGCGACAAAGGAGAAGUGGGCCCACCUGGUGCCCCAGGGCAGUUCCCAUUGGACAUCCUGCAGUUGGAGGCUGACAUGAAGGGCGAGAAGGGAGACCGAGGACACACCGGGCAGAAAGGAGAGAGGGGAGAGCCAGGGGGUGGUGGAUUCUUCGGCUCCAGUGUGCCAGGCCCCCCUGGUCCCCCUGGCCCACCAGGCUACCCUGGGAUUCCGGGUCCAAAGGGAGAGAGUGUCCAGGGCCAGCCUGGCCCCCCAGGCCCUCAGGGACCCCCUGGCAUUGGCUAUGAAGGGCGCCAGGGGCCUGCUGGGCCUCCUGGGCCCCCAGGUCCCCCAGGACUCCCCUCAUUUCCUGGCCCUCACAGACAGACUAUCAGUGUUCCUGGCCCUCCUGGCCCACCUGGCCCCCCAGGGCCCCCUGGAACCACAGGUGCAUCCUUGGGUGUGAGGAUUUGGGCAACAUACCAGACCAUGCUGAACAAGGUGCACGAGGUCCCUGAAGGUUGGCUUAUCUUUGUGGCUGAGAGGGAGGAGCUGUACGUCCGGGUCCGGAACGGGUUCAGGAAAGUUCUGCUGGAGGCCCGGACGCCGCUGCCUCGGGGGACGGACAAUGAAGUGGCUGCCCUGAAGCCCCCUGUGGUGCACGAGGACCGCCCUUACUCCUCCUGGCAGGAUCACCCACAGACUACCACACGGCCCUGGCGGUCACACAGCGUCCUGGCCAAUCCUCCGCGCCUACCAGAUCCCCAACCCUACCCAGGUGUUCCACACCACAGCUCCUAUAUGCAACUCCAGCCAGCUCGCCCUACCUUCACACCUGCCCAUGGCCACGCCCACCAGGACUUUCAGCCAGUGCUCCACCUGGUCGCCCUCAACGGCCCGCUCACAGGUGGCCUACGUGGCAUCCGCGGUGCCGACUUCCAGUGCUUCCAGCAGGCGCGGGCCGUGGGGCUCAGCGGCACGUACCGAGCCUUCCUGUCCUCGCGGCUGCAGGACCUGCAUAGCAUCGUGCGCCGAGCCGACCGCGGAAGUGUGCCCAUCGUUAACCUCAAGGAUGAAGUGUUGUUCCCCAACUGGGAGGCCUUGUUCUCAGGCUCCGAGGGCCAGCUGAGGCCAGGGGCCCACAUCUUUUCCUUUGAUGGCAGGGACGUCCUGAGGCACCCUGCUUGGCCCCAGAAGAGCGUGUGGCAUGGUUCAGACCCCAGCGGGCGCCGGCUGACUGAGAGCUACUGUGAGACGUGGCGGACAGAGGGCACAUCCGUCACAGGCCAGGCGUCCUCGCUGCUGGCGGGCAGGCUACUGGGGCAGAAGGCUGAGAGCUGCCACAAUACCUUCAUCGUCCUCUGCAUUGAGAAUAGCUUCAUGACCUCCUCCUAG